AUGCCGCGCGCCGUAGACCCGCUCAUUUCUGCAUGCAAAGACAUUCUCAAGCACCACCGGGUGCCGUCCUUCUACGUCUGCACGGGAAUCCAAGGCAUGUCGCUGCGCCCAGUGGUGCGCGUCCAGGGCCUCCGUGACCUUCUAGCGCUGCCGCUGUCACCGUCGCAGCACCAGCAGCUCAGCGCGCGGUAUGGCAAGGCCCGCAUCGUGCCAGCCUCCAAGGUCACAAUUGAGAACCAAGACGCUUUUGUGACCGCACUCGUCGACUCGGUCGUCGGCAAGAUCGAGUCGGUGCUCGGAAUUCAAACAACCGACGUCGGUGCCGGCUGCGUCAAUAAUGCGUUUGGGACCUUGAUCGUGCUGCUGCCGUCGGGCCACAGCGGCGGUGUCCUUACGUUCCAGCACAAGGACCGGUCGAUGACGUUGCCACACAAUGUCGCUGACGUGGCAAAAGGGUUUGACGGUAUCUUUAUCAACACGAUGAUGACAUCGACGCCGAUCACGUCCGGUCGCCGCCUCGCGCUCGUCUUCCACUUGACGGGCGUCCAUAAGACGCCAAGAGGUCCGUCGCGGCUGCCGCUCAACGCGACGGGCUAUGCGGACGAGAAAGGCCUGGACGACUACGACUUCCACAAGCCCUACGAACAGUACAGCGAAGAGGCCGACGAACCAUUGUUCCCGCAGCUGUGGCCCAAGCAUGCGCACCUCGCCGACCUUCUUGUGGCCACUGGCUGCUUUGACGUGGCGCUCGUUCGCUCCACCGAGAGCGAUAGCGACGACAACGGAGUGGAUACAAGCGUGCUGACGAACCAAGUCAAGGCAUUCGAGUUCCAUCCGUCGUGCGUCGUGCCAAAAGUAGUCGGCGAAAGGCUCUACGGCAUAUCUGUCCACGCCUUCCUCGGCAACUACAAGCCCACCGAGGGAGGCCUGUGGGUCGACGUCCCUUCGCAGACAGCUCUCCUCUUUUGGCCCAAGCGGUUCCGCGCGGGCAUUGUGGGCAUGAAGACGUCCUUGUCGCUGCUCCGCAAGGCGGUUCGCCGCGGCGACCCGGACUGCUCCAAGCUGGGGCUAAGUGUCAACGAGCUUGCUUUGGGGAUUAUGGUCAUCUUCAAGUCUGCGUCCUUUGACUACCAGGACGAAGAGCGGGCGGGCAGUGCUCGCGACGGUAGCACUACUCUCUUUGGCGACCUUCUCCGCGCGCUGAACGAUGUGGACUUGAUCGAGUACUUCGUCGCCGAAGCCGUGUCCGUCUCGCCGACAGACGGCGCGUCUCGUUGCCCCAUUUUGCUGCCCGAUGUCGCCAGCUGGGUGCGCGCGUGCUUUAAGGCGUAUGGGUGGCCACGCCUCUCCAGCGUCCCGGCGCUCGUGUCGCACCUCGCGGGUCUCCCCAAAGAGGCGCCACGGCGUCUCGAGCAGCCGUUCUUUGGCGCGUUUCUCAAGGCGUCUUGGUACGAUGUGCAAUCGCAUUCGCCUUUUGCGGACGGCGCGGACGCCCACUGCCUCCUCUUGGACUGGCACUUUGAAACCAUCUCGCCCGACCUCGUGCACUGCGACUGGCUCGGCGAUCGGCUGCCCCUCGCGCUUGUCGCGACGAUCGAUGCCUUUCUGCGCCCGCGCCGAUUUGGCACCUGCGCAGGUCCGUGCUCGCGCGACGUCGGACUCUGGCGUCUCGACCACGUGCCCACAGCGCUCAUGAAGGCGAUCGAGAGCCAGCCUGGCGUGCCAACCACGCCGUACACGGACGCCAUCCUACAUGCUUUGGACGCGAUUCCAGUCGCCCAGUGGCCGUGGCGAUCGGUUUGCGAGUUUACGUCGGCGCAAGGCGCCGCGCUCUUGAGCUGCAUGCACUUGUGCAACCGCGUCGAUCCAGCGCUGCUCGACGUCCUCGUCGCGCUGUGUAGCGAGAACGAGUCCAAGAGCAACAGCUCGGACCAUGCUGUCGUCAAGUUUUUCCAGGCUCAGCCACGGGUACUGGUCCUCGAUGCGGCGGUCACGAGCCACUUGGUGGCGUUUCUGCUCACCAAUGCGGCGAUGCUACCGGAACUCGUGAAACGGAGCACGCGCUGGUGGACCCUCGACGCGUACGCGCAGCUCGUGGCCGACGAGAUACUCGCAACGCCAGUCGGUGACUGCGUUUUGGCGCGCGUUCAAGCCUGGGUCGCGACGCUGCCGUCGACGCGCGACGCGAACCGGCACGUGGUGUACGUGGUCAUUGCCAAGCUUUGCUCGGAGAAAAGCCCUGCGCGCUGCCGCACCCUCCUCGGUUGGCUCGCGACGACGUGUCGAGAUGCGUUUGUUCGCAGUGGCACGCUAGAACCCGUUGCGGGUAUCAACGAUUGCGUCCUCGACGACAUUUGCGUCAACCGUCGCCACUGCGCCGAGUGCAAGGCGCUGCACCGCUUCUUCCUCGACGGCACCAAAGUACAGCGCCACAUGCGGCGUCAUGUGUGCCCCAAUGUGCACGCGACGGCGACCGCCCACCACGGCUGGCUGCGCUUGGAGCCGGUGCGGAUUGAUGGGCAUUGGGCAACGCUAUUGCGCAAGGUCCAGCAGGCAGGUCGUAUGCCGAUUGCUGACGCCGCGCGCGCCAACAAGUACCACGCAAGCGACACCAAGUGCGUUGAGGUGCUCCAAGCCAUCCUUGCCCAACUGGAAACGACAGUCGCAUGA